UGGAAAUUCGUAAAAGCUUGAUUGCGUUUGUAGCGCCAUCUUGGAGAGUGAAAUCAAACUCUUUUACGGAGUAUUGAAUGACAUUUCCAUCGGCAACAUUAGUCGUUCGUUUAAACAAUGUCUGUCAAAGAAAAACCGGCGGAUCUUUCAGAAGAAAUCGAGUGGAAUGUAGAAAAUGAAAUCCAACUAUUUUUCGCCAUGAAUGGCCACAAACCUGUUGGUAUCAACAAAUAUUUUCACAUGGUCUGCAUCUGGGAGAAAUUUCGUGCAGCUAUUCACAAGGAGAUUUCUUUGAAGAUGAUCUGGGACCAUUUGGAAUCUAUGUACGACUUAAUGGCUUUGGACGACACCGAAGAUUUGCCCUUUCCAAGUAGCGAGAUAGAUUUCACAUUACCAGAAUUGGAAUUCUCAGGAUUUAUCAAGUCGCGUAAAAAAGAAGAACCAGAUGUCAAAGGUAAAGACUUAAAAGAAAAAGUCAAAGAAAUCAAAAAGGACAAAGACAUUAAAGACAUGGUGAAAAAGGAUAAUAUUCUCAGAGAUUUUAAAGGGAUCAAAGAAGCUGAAAAGAAAAAGGAGGAAAUUAAGAAGUCCAUCAAGGAGCCUGAGAUUAAAAAAGAAAAGCAGCGUGACGUGAAGGACGUGAAAAAGGAUAUUAAACCAAUGAAAGGACGACCCAAAGGAAAGGAUGACGUGGAGGAACCAGGAUCGAUAGGAAAAAAGGAACGUAAAGAUUCUUCCGAUGCGAUUCGAGAAGGCCUGAAACGAGUCCCAAAAAGGCCAACGAGGCAAAGUAUAGACAGUACAUCCAAAGCUUCUUCUAGUCCUCGGGAUACUCCACCACCUAAACGCAGAAGAAUAUAAUCCUACAGAGGAAAAAAUUAAUCAUACUGCUUAAACCACAAGAAAGACUUGCUGUAGUCUUUCUCACAUAUUGUGUUCUUUUCAU